AUGUCGUUUUCUCACACCAAGGCCAACAAGGAACAUCACAGAGCUCUUCAGGCAUUUGCCGAGAGCGAGGCUGUCAGCGACGGUCAAGACAGCGACGAUGGUUUCGAUAUCGUCGAGUCUUCGCGCAAAGGCCUUGACCUUUCGCAGUACAUCGAGGCACUCACACAAACACAGACGCAGUCCCAGCAUGCUUGUGGUCAGGACAACGCUGAAGAAACUGCAGAAACUGUCACUGACGACGAUGAGCCGUUGACGAAAUCACCAACACCCCAGGACCAGCCAGCCGCAGAGUCCGAGACCGACGAUGACGAACAUGAUGUGGAAUCGGAGUGGUCUGAAGAGGACACGCGAGCCGCCUACGAGGACUUCAAGAACCGCAGAACACUCAAAAGAAAACGUGCCGCUGCUGAGACGGUUCGCAUUCGUCAUCAAAAAAAGUCCAAAGCUGCAGCAGCAGCGAGUAUUGUGGGUCGAAAGCAUCCACCCAAAUGGAAGCGUCAGGAUGUCCGUGAUGUUGCGUUCAGUACAGACUCUGUAGCCGGAGACGCCGAUGAUGCGACGUAUCUGGACGACCCAAUACCAGAGUACGUUGCCUCGCGUCAAAAGCACCUCAAGAAGCUGCACGAAGCAGGCCUUCGAUACCCACCUAGCUACGAAGACAUAGAUUUUUCAGACUCUGAGACGGAAGAGAAGCCACAGCUCGAUAAAGCGGUCAAGCCACAGCGCGGAAAGAAGAAGAUCAGACUAGGUGGUGAAUCAGGAGGUGUCAUCCCAGCGGCGAUUGCACAAUGGCUGCGCGAUUACCAAGUCGAGGGUGUUGAGUUCCUGCACGAGCGCUUCGUCAAGCAGAUUGGAGCUAUACUGGGCGAUGAUAUGGGCUUGGGUAAAACCAUACAGGUCAUUGCUUUCCUCACGGCAGCCUUCGGCAAAACUGCAACCAAGAGAGACGCCAAGUGCAUGCGCAAGAUACGUCGAGAUGGUGAUGGUCGCUGGUAUCCCAAGGUACUUAUUGUGUGUCCAGGUACCUUGAUGCAGAACUGGGAAGACGAGCUCUCGAAGUGGGGCUGGUGGGAGGUCUACAGAUACCACGGCAAUGUUGCGGAUCGGAAAGGUGUACUGGGUGCUGCUAAGAAGGGCAUGUUGGAAAUCAUGAUCACAACCUACAAUACCUACCGCAUGAAUGAGAGCGAGGUCAAUACGAUUGACUGGGACUGCGUCAUCGCAGAUGAGUGCCAUUCGAUCAAGAGCAAGUCGUCGGAAGUAACUGUUGCGAUGAACAAGAUCAAUGCACUGUGUCGCAUUGGACUCACCGGCACUGCGAUCCAGAACAAGUACGAAGAGCUUUGGAACCUGCUCAAUUGGGCGCGGCCUGGUGCAUACGGAUCAGCUCAGGAGUGGAAGCAGACGAUCAGUCUCCCGCUGAAGCUGGGUCAAGCUCACGAUGCAACAAACGCCCAGCUUGCCGACUCGCGAAGCAGAGCGCAAGACCUCGUUCACAACAUCCUGCCCAGCGUCUUUCUUCGCAGGAUGAAGACGCUCAUUGCUGAUCAGCUGCCAAAGAAGAGCGACCGUGUAGUUUUCUGUCAGCUUACCGAGACUCAGGCAGAUGCAUAUCGAACCUUUCUUGAGAGUGACAGGUGCGAGUUCAUCCGGACAGCGAAGGAGCCAUGCGACUGCGGCUCUGGCAAAUCUAGAGGCUGGUGCUGCUAUUCAGAGAUACCAGGCGAAGGCGAGAAGUGGGCAAAAUUCAUGUUUCCAUGCAUGGUCACGCUCCAGAAACUUGCGAACCACAUCGCUCUUGUUGUACCCUCAUCGACGGACAACAAGGAGAAGCAAGCAAAAGACUUACUAACCUUAGAAACCGCUUGUCCAGAAACCUUCCAAGAGCUUUGGCGCAACCGAGACGCUAUCCUCAACCAGUCCCAACGCGAGUUUUGUGGAAAAUGGAAAGUUCUUCGGCGGCUUCUUGACUUCUGGCACACCAACGGCGACAAGGUUCUCAUCUUCUCUCACUCGGUUCGACUUUUGCGUCUCCUGCGCGGCCUCUUUGAUGUCGAUGGCACCAAGUACAACUUUUCCUAUCUCGACGGCUCGAUGAAAUACGAAGAGCGCUCCAAAGCCGUCGCAGACUUCAACGCCGAUCCCGAGCAAUUUGUCUUUUUAAUCAGCACGAAAGCCGGAGGCGUGGGUCUUAACAUUACGUCUGCGAACAAAGUCGUUGUUGUGGACCCGAAUUGGAAUCCAGCAUACGACCUUCAGGCUCAAGACCGUGCAUAUCGUAUUGGCCAAACCCGCGACGUUGAAGUUUUCCGUCUUGUCUCCAGCGGCACGAUUGAAGAGAUUGUAUACGCGCGACAGAUUUACAAACAACAACAAGCCAACAUCGGUUACAAUGCGUCAGAAGAGCGUCGUUACUUCAAAGGUGUAAUGGACCAAGCAAGCAAGAAAGGUGAGCUUUUUGGAUUAGAAAACCUCUUCACGUUCCAGGAGAACAGCGUUUUGCUCCGCGACAUCAUGCACAAGACCAACGUGGCUGAGUCACGCGCCGGCGUGCAAGCUGUCGACUUUCAAUUCGACGAAACUCAACACUCCUCCUCCGACGAUGAUGACAUCUUGUCCAAUAAAAAUCUUGGUAUCACAGGAGACGCCGACGAUGGGAAUUUAGCCAACAUCAAGCGCCUUGCCGACACCCUUGCUUUUCCGACCAAUUCCACCGAGGGCAAGAGCAAACGGGGGCGGAAGAAGUACCAAAAGCAAUCGGGCGCCGAUCCAAUCAACGCCAUCCUAGCAAAAGCAGGCGUGCAAUACACGCAUGAAAACUCUGAAGUUAUCGGCCGCAGUGAAAUCGAAGCUCGGCUGGGCAAGCAAGCCAUGGAGCUGCGCAACGACAUCGAUCUGAGCAAGAAACGCGUCUUUCAGGCUAGUCAGAGUCAGACCCAGCAUCAGAACUCGCAUCUACACUCGCGUCCCUUCGCCUAUGUGCAGGACAACGAGGACGAAGAUGAUGAAGAGGCUAAUGAUGAGGGUCUAAGGCUCACGGGAAGCGCAAAGAAGGGCAGCGGGCUCCGCAUCAGCUACAGAUACCGCCCUGACGAGCGCAUUCGGAAACGGCAGCUGUGCAGCAUGGCUGAGAGCAUGGGAUUCGAAGACCCUGUCGAGUUUGCGCUAUUGGUGGAGAGCAGUACGCAGACCGAGCGAAGAAAGAUGUUAGAGCGUUUCUAUCGUGGGAGGAGAAGGGAUAUUGCGAGCGAGUUGGAGCAAGCAUGA